CAAUAAUUAUGGAUAAUUUAAAUCUACUAAUUGUCACGUUUAAUUAACAAUUAAGUGCUUUUAGGAUUUUUAGAAGUUUGUCAAUUCAUUAAACAUGGGCAUAAUUAGUAGUUGAAGUGUUUAAGAGAAUAGAAAGUAGAAUCUGGGGAACCAAUUAUAAAGGAUCUUAUUUAGAAAAUGUGUCGGCAUUUCCAGCAUCUAACCAUAUUUUUAAAUUAGAUGACGAUGUGUUGAAAAUAUCAAUAAAAUAAUUUGGAAAAAGUAUUGCAGAGUAAAAAUAUUUUAUGCGUUUUGACUAAAGUCAUUUUAGUUCUUCUUAUUUUUUAGCUAGAAACAUCCUAAAUAUUUUUUUUUAAACCUAAUAGUUAAAUGAGGCUAAAAGAUCUUACUAUUUUGCAUGGCUUAAAAGUCUUUUCAUUUCUAUGUUAACAAUAAGUAUUUUUUAAUGCUUGUUUGAAUUAUGA